GGGAGAGACAAAAACUCCAUCAGCCCGGACAAUGCCACCUCUCGUUUAAAGCUUCCAAACUGUAAUUCUUUCCCCCCAUUACCACGGUACCAAGUAAUCUGUCUUUCCCCCACCCCAACCCCCCUCCCUCCUCUUGGAAGAUAUGGAAGAGAAAGAUAAAGCGGCUGCCGCUGGGCUCUGACUGCGCGCCGCCCGCAUGCCGCUGCCGCCAGCGCAGGGGCCACUCCGCAGCUGCCGCUCGCAACGGGAUGGGAUGCAACUUCUGGUAACUGGAUCACAGGCUUAAGUGAUAACUGGGUAUCUUGCUAGCAGAACAGAAAUGAAUAAUUCAACGUACAUAAACUCUUCCACUGAAAAUGUGAUGGCUUUGGUGAGCCCCUAUAAAACUGUUGAGGUGGUCUUCAUCGUCCUGGUAGCAGGUUCUCUCAGUCUAGUCACCAUAAUUGGGAAUAUCCUAGUCAUGGUGUCAAUCAAAGUCAACAGGCAUCUACAGACAGUCAACAACUAUUUCUUGUUCAGCUUGGCCUGUGCUGACUUGAUCAUCGGCAUCUUUUCAAUGAACCUAUACACCCUCUACACUGUGAUAGGUUACUGGCCCUUAGGGCCUGUGGUGUGCGACCUCUGGCUGGCCCUUGACUACGUGGUCAGCAAUGCCUCUGUAAUGAACCUCCUCAUUAUCAGCUUUGACAGAUAUUUUUGUGUCACCAAGCCUCUGACGUAUCCUGUGAAGCGGACCACUAAGAUGGCAGGCAUGAUGAUCGCAGCUGCGUGGGUGCUGUCUUUCAUCCUGUGGGCCCCUGCAAUUCUCUUCUGGCAGUUCAUUGUGGGAGGAAGGACUGUCCCGGAUGGGGAUUGCUACAUCCAGUUUUUUUCUAACGCUGCCGUUACUUUUGGCACUGCCAUUGCAGCCUUCUAUUUGCCUGUUAUCAUCAUGACUGUACUUUACUGGCAAAUCUCUCGAGCUAGUAAGAGUCGGAUAAAGAAAGGGAAAAAGGAAGCUGCCCAAAAUCAAGAUGCUGUUUCUCCCAGCCUUGUCCAAGGCAAAAUAGUAAAACCAAACAAUAACAACAUCCCAACCAGUGGGGAUGGGUUGGAACACAGCAAAAUUCAGAAUGGAAAAACCACUGGGGAGUCUGUGACAGAGAACUGUGUUCAAGGGGAGGAGAAGGAGAGCUCCAAUGAUUCCACCUCUGUUAGUGUGGUCACCUCCAACGUGAAAGAGGACAAAGCUGCCAAAGAUGCCAGCCACGCUUCUGCCUCCCAAGACCAUCUCAAAGUGGAAAACUCCAAACUGACAUGUAUCAGAAUAGUCACCAAGUCCCAAAAGGGUGACUGCUGUGCCCCCAACACUACUGUGGAGAUUGUAGGUGCCAACAGGGAGGAGAAGCAGAAUAGCGUAGCCCGGAAAAUUGUCAAGAUGACAAAGCAGCCAGCCAAAAAGAAACCACCUCCUUCUAGAGAGAAAAAAGUGACAAGGACAAUUUUAGCCAUCCUCCUGGCCUUCAUUAUCACCUGGACCCCAUACAACGUGAUGGUGCUCAUCAACAGCUUCUGCACAUCCUGCAUACCUGGCACUGUAUGGACCAUAGGUUAUUGGCUCUGUUAUAUCAACAGCACCAUCAACCCUGCUUGUUAUGCCCUCUGCAAUGCUACUUUCAAGAAGACCUUUAAGCACCUUCUUAUGUGUCAUUACAAGAAUAUAGGAGCUACAAGGUAAAAACAAUAUUAAAAAUAAUAAUGGAAAAGUGGAAGAAAUUCCUAAUUAAAAUUAAAAAAAAAUGCCAUAGCACUUUAUGCUCUUUUACAGAAUGUGCAAUCCAGUAUGUUAGUGGAAAUACUGACAUAAAGCAUCAGCUCCACCCCUGAGAACUACAUUUAAACCCAUUUUUUAAAUAAUUGAAAAUAAAUCUUGAGGACAUGGGGAUGUUUGAGGAAUUAUUCAAGUAUGUGGACUGGAGGCACAGUUCCUUGCUUUCUGAGAGUAUUCUGAAGAAGGGCUCUAGAGUCUACGAUUUUUGGUCCUUCUGUGUAAAACACCUGUGAGUUUUUUUUGUUGGUUUGUUUUUUUCUGUCUCUGUUUGGUAUGUCUUCAUCUAGAAGAAAAAAAAGGAAUUUUAAAAAUAACUUUUUGGAAGAUCAUUAUAUAAUCCCAAUGAAUCAUGGUAGAAGGUUUCUAAAGCUCAAAGCUGUCUAAAGCUUUUUGUCACUGUCAUGUAAGAAACUUAAUGUUAGGUAAAUAAUGAUGAAAGUUAUUUUAUGUUGUUUAUAACGCUACCAUUUCCAAAACUGCAUCAGUUCUGAAAGUGUACUUAUGCUCAACACAUAAUCAUUGCUAACCUGUGUAUCAUUUGAAGUCUGCCUCUUGCCCCCUUCUAGGGGCUUUUGUUCCGUGAUUCCUUCAUCAUGCAAAGAUAAAAAUGAAAAAAGUCAGUCUUUUCCAGUUUGCUACAUCCCAAGACUAUUUCAGCAUCCAUGUAAACCAAAGCUUUUGGGACAAUUUUGUUCACUAUGUUUGUUGUAUAACAUCCACCCAUGGACUUGUCUUUAACCUCCAUCAGCCUUUUCUUCCUUUUUGUACCUUACUUGUCCAGGGCACAAAGGCUGAAUAUCAAAUGAAGUUGUAAAUUCAAAGGUCUCAUGCAAUCAGCCCCCAUGGUAGACAAAGGGCCUCAGCUGAAGAAUAGAAACAAGGUUAUUGCUAGGAAAACAGAGAUUACAUCCUUUUAAAGUUGGAUGUACAGAUGAAGAGGUAUGCUGAGGCUCCAUGGAAUGAAUAGUUAAUAUUAGAUGACUGUGUUCUUGACCAGUCAAAAGAUGAUUUACACUCACUUAUUGAGGAAAAGAAUGGACUGACAUACCUACAGGGAUCAAGCUCUGUCUAAGCCCUUAGUGUGGUCCUUCUUAGGUGUAUCUUGGACAAGAUGUUUCCUUUAUGAAAAAAGAUAUUAGCUACAAUGCCUUUUGUGCCAGCUGGGAGCAAUAUUUUCACUGUAAGCCAAGGGAUAACAUUAAUAAAAAAGGCAGAGAGGAAAGCAGUGAUUACACAAAACCAGACACUGUAAUAGUCUGGAUGGGGAGCUGGCAGGAGUAUAGUUCAAAUAUUAUCUGCUACUCCACACUAACUCAAAUCCAGAUUUUUUUCUGCUUGGCAGAUACUAUUUCAAUAUUUGAUAUUUAUUGUAGCACAACUGAGCACUGUGUGGAUAGGACAAAGUGAAUAACAGCAAUUGUUUGCGAGUUAUGCAUAUUCUGGUUACCUCCUUCUUAGUAACUCUAACCUCCAGGCACUAGUGAAGGUACAUGUACAGAUUUUGUUACCCAAAAAAAGUAGUUUGCUGCAUAGACAGUGUCCUGAGAGGCUCUUCUGGAGCGAAAACCACCUACCAAAUAGGACACAAAAUCAUUCUGUUAUUUCAUGCUACCACAUUACAGUCUUCCAAAAUGCAUUUAAAAAUAGCAGCCUUCACAGUUAUGGGGAAAAUAUCUCACAGACCUAAGCUUUACAUUUGACAAACUUAUUGGAACACAGUGUCAAAGCACUUUGACAAUAUGACAAUUUUCAUGUUUCGAAGUACAAAUUCCUAGAAGAAAGUGAAAAUUAGGAGAUUAAAGUUCAGUAAAUUAAGACCACAUUAAACUCAGUAUUAACAUGUCUUAAUAUGCAUUAAUUGAUUUUAUACCCCUAGUGAUUUCAUUCUAAGUAUCUAAGUAUCUCCAUGCAGCCAAGGAUCUAAUUUUGCACUCGCCUUGAGUCAUAUUUACUAUCACUAUUUACAUCUUCCUUUUUGUAAGGAAGAAUUACUCAAUGAUAAGGCUUGCAAGACUGAGUGCUGCUUGUCUUUCAAAACUACAUUCACUAGCCUUAUCUUGACAGGGUAAGGGAAACACUUAAAUGAUCAUUUCUAGAUCAUUCAUUCUCUUACAGUGUUAAAAAAUCCAGAUAGAAACCAAAGAUAAAAUGAAAUCUAUUCAUUUUCUAAAUUCUCUAGAAAAGUUUUAUAAAAGAAACACACCUGCUUCUUUCUUUUAGCAAGUGCUGUGGGUAUCAAUAGUACAGGUACUCAAACUGGGAAAUAAUGGCUUGGAAAUAUUAUUCAAUCUUUUAACUCCAGUUUUUCAGCAGGUGUGCAAAUUCAAAAUAUAAUAAGUAAA